UAACCUGGAACAGUCACGUUUCUUUAUUAUAUGUUAAUUUUAUCAUGAAAUAAAAGCAAAAUAUAUUAAAUAUGACUGGAAAAGGAUAUAACUGGAAGGCUAGACAAGUAGUAAAUACUAUCAUUGAUGAUUCAAGUUCUAAAAAGAUUUGUUUAGAUAUCGAUGUAAAAGGUCACUAUGAUCAAAGUAACGAAUUGGUGCUUCCUUCUAAGAAAAGAAAAACUAAAGUGAAAAAAGAAAAUGAGAAAGUUACACGAAUAUUAUCGAAGAAACAACGUAAGAAAUACGAAAAAAUUUUGGAGAAGAAACAGAAACAGGAAGGUAGAUCAGCUUUGUACAAAGCAUUAGAAGAAGUAAGAAUUAAUCCUGAGGAAUUAAAUCAACUUACUAGUCUUGUCAGUGUGCAAACAAAAGGUUUAAAGAGGCAAAAUGAGUCAAACUCAAAGAAGCCAAAAUUGAAAAAUGAAGGACAUACCCCUGAAAAUAUAUUAAAGAAUUCAGGUGCAAAGAGACGAAAAUUGGUUUCUACUCAACCUGAUAAAGUUAAUGAUAAUCCAAAUAUAGUUGGCUUCCAUAGUAGUAGUUCAGAUUCUGAGAGCUCUGAUGAAUCUGAUGUUUGUGAUGAAAAUGAAAAAAUUAAGGAAGAAUGUGUUCAGACAAAUGUCCCACCUCAAGAGACAACAGAAAAACAAAGUAAUGACAGUGAGUUAGUUAAUAACAGUGGGAAAGAACCUAAAAAAGAGAAUGCACCCUUAAUUAAGGAAGAAGUUGUGAAAAAUAUAAAAACAGAGGCUGACAAAGGUGUUACCAAAAAACCAGCAGUGUAUGUAGAUGUUGUCCGUAGUGAAGAAAUACAAGCUACAAGAUUAAAACUACCAAUAUUGGGUGAAGAACAACAAAUAAUGGAAGUUAUUAAUGAAAACUCUGUUGUUAUAUUGGCUGGUGAGACUGGAAGCGGCAAAACUACACAGGUUCCACAGUUUCUAUAUGAAGCUGGAUACGCACUAAAAAAACAGAUCGCGGUUACGGAACCAAGACGUGUGGCCGCAAUUUCAAUGUCUAAGCGCGUCGCAACCGAAAUGAACUUAAGCACCAGGGAGGUUUCAUAUUUGAUCCGUUUCGAAGGAAACACUACGCCUGACACAAGGAUUAAGUUUAUGACUGAUGGUGUGCUGCUCAAAGAGUUACAUACGGAUUUUCUGCUCACCAAUUAUUCUGUUGUUAUUUUGGAUGAGGCGCACGAACGAUCUGUUUACACUGAUAUUUUAAUAGGGUUGUUGUCUAGGAUAAUACCGCUUAGGCAAAAACGUGGAGAUCCCCUGAAACUAAUUGUAAUGUCCGCAACACUCCGAUUAGAGGAUUUCACCUUGAACACCAGGUUAUUUAAAAUCACACCACCAGUAAUUAAAGUGGAAAGCAGACAAUUUCCAGUUACUAUUCAUUUCAAUAAGCGCACGAACGAUAAUUAUUUGUUGGAAGCUUAUAAAAAGGCAGUUAAAAUCAACACAACACUUCCUGAAGGAGGAAUUUUAAUCUUUGUUACUGGCCAGCAGGAGGUAAAAUCGUUAGUAAGAAAGUUAAGAAAAGCAUUUCCUUUAAAACACAGCUCUAAAAUAUUGGAACAGGGAGUCAAAACAGAACCAAAGGACUUAGAUUCCGAUUCAGACGUUGAAGAAGGAAUGAAAAAAGCGUUAAAGAAAAACAAAAAACAAAAAUUCAUUCCCCAAAUAAAUCUAGAUGAUUUUGGUUUACCGGGAAGCAAUGAAAGAAACUCUGAUGAAGAUGAUUCUGGAUCAGAUAGUGAUAAUGAUUGGGAUAAUGAAGUCUUGACUAUAUCUAAUGCUCAACCAUUAUGGACUUUGCCUUUAUACUCUUUAUUGCCGUCACAUAAACAACAAAAGGUUUUUCAACCACCACCUCCUGGUUGUCGUCUUUGUGUGGUGAGCACAAAUGUAGCGGAAACAUCGCUUACAAUACCUAAUGUUAAAUAUGUUGUGGACACAGGAAAAUCUAAAGUUAAAUUAUAUGACAAGGUCACAGGCGUAACGAGUUACGUAGUAGAUUGGACGAGCAAAGCGUCAGCGAAUCAAAGAGCAGGUAGAGCGGGCAGGACUGGACCAGGUCACUGUUACCGUCUCUAUUCUAGUGCUGUAUUCAAUGACACUUUUAAAGAAUUCUCAGUGCCAGAAAUUCAACAAAAACCCGUCGAUGACUUGUAUCUCCAGAUGAAGUGCAUGAAUAUUGACAAGGUUAUUAAUUUCCCAUUCCCCACCGCACCUGAUUUACUUCAACUCAAAACUGCACAGAGACGUUUACAAAUUUUGGGUGCCUUGAAGGACGAUCAAGUGACGCCAUUGGGUCGUGCUGUGAGUAAAUUUCCCGUAUUGCCCCGAUAUGGCAAAAUGCUAGCUCUCAGCCACCAACAAGAUUUGUUACCAUACACAGUGUGUCUGGUGGCUGCACUUUCUGUGCAGGAAGUACUGCUCGAGGUGCCUCUCGUACCGACCGAUCCUGAAAACUUAAAGGAAGUGCGCCAGCAGUGGGCGGCUACAAGAAGGCAGUGGGCCGGAGUAGGGAACUCUUUGCUUCUUGGCGACAACAUGGUACUUUUGAGAGCGGUCGGUGCAGCCGAAUAUGCAAAUUCCCAGGGCAAAUUGACGCAGUUUUGCGAUUCAAACGGUUUACGCGAAAAGGCUGUGUCAGAAAUACGGAAACUACGGGUUCAGUUGACCAAUGAGAUUGGAUUAAACGUUCCUGACGCGAAUAUUACGGUAGAUCCAGAAAUGGCACCACCAGAUGAUUUACAGAGCAAACUGCUGCGACAGAUUCUUUUAAGCGGCAUGGGAGAUCAAGUCGCUAAAAAGAUAUCUCCUGAAAAUGUUCCCGAUGGUGAAGACAAGGUAAAAUACAAAUACGCAUAUAACGCGAACAACAUGGAAGAACCGGUUUUCUUGCACCAAGGUUCUGUAUUGAGGAAGACUCUUCCGGAAUAUGUCGUCUACCAAGAAGUCUAUGAAACUAAUAAAUUGUAUAUGCGCGGUGUUACUGCUAUUGAACCGGAGUGGUUGGCUGUCUAUGUUCCCUCUAUGUGUAACUUAAGUGAUCCACUAACCGAUCCAGAACCACGGUAUAAUCCCCAAACAGGAAAAGUUCACUGCACUGUCACCGGUACAUUUGGUCCUCAGGCAUGGCCGUUGCCCAACAUCGAAAUUCCUUAUCCACACAAUUUAGAAGUUUACAAGUGGUUUGCAAGAUUUAUAUUAGAAGGGAAAGUGUAUAAAAAAUUGGAAAAGUAUAAACAAUUUUUAUUAAGUCAGCCUAAUAUUAUGGUCAAGACUUGGGCUAAACUUCAACCAAGGACUGAAGCUAUUGUUAAAGCACUUAUGGGAAAAAGCGUUUAUACUAAGAAGCUGCUGGAUGAAGUUUUCCUAGUAGAACCCAAAUUUCUUCUUAACGAGUACCUGAUGUGGUUGCCUGAAUCAGCUAAAGGAGAAGUUUCUUUACUUUGGCCACCAAAAGAAAAGAAUAUAUAAUUUAAAUAAUUUUAAUUUCAUUAUAAUUAUUGUUUUAUAUUUAGAAUUAAAAACAAAAAAAUAAACAUUAUUAUUUUUA